AUGGCCGACAAGACUCGUUCGCGUUUCUCUGGUUCUCGCGUUCCAUCGCGUCAAAGAACCCCCAACGACCUCCCACAAUCUGAGCUCCCGCAAGAGAAAACCGCCAAGUCCUACACCUACGAAAACGUGACAGGAUGGCGUCAAUACCGAGUUUUGAGACCAUGUCGCGGCAUGUAUCAUGAUAUACGUCGCCGGCUUCCCUACUACUGGAGCGACAUCACAGAUGCCUUUACCUACAGAACCAUUGCCAGCACAAUUCGCAUGUAUUUUGUCAACAUUCUUCCCGCUCUCGCGUAUACACUCGAUAUGUAUAGAAAAACCGGCGAAUUCUUUGGCGUGACCGAAGCGCUGUUUUCGUCGGCCUUGGCCGCCAUGGUUUUUAGCCUUCUUGGUGCCCAACCUUUGACAAUCGUCGGUAUCACUGGGUUAAUUUCCUUGUUCAACUACACCAUCUAUGAAAUUAUUGCACAAUACGAUUCUUCACUAUACCCCCUCUUCAUGGCUUGGACGGGAAUUUGGGCUGCCAUCUUUCAUUGGAUUGUCGCCAUGUUUAACCUUUGUGAUUAUAUGCGUUACGUGACGGACUUUUCCAGUGAGAGUUUUGGUAUGUAUGUUGGUAUCAUUUACAUGAUCAAAGGAGUCGAAGAAUUGGUCAAUGAACUCACCGUCGAAGGACCUGUUUCCGGCUACCUCAGUUGCAUCAUCGCCAUCCUCUACUUUGCUUCGGUAUAUUCUUUGGAAAAGAUGGGUCAGAGCACACUUUGGAAGCCUUGGUUUCGCGGAAUUCUCGCAGAUUAUGCAUACGUGUUUGCGACCCUUUUUUGGGUGGGAUUCUCGCACAUUCCCGGGCGACUUCAAGACGCACACGUCUCACAGCUCCCUGUGACCAAGGCGUUCUACCCAACUCAGCCUCGAGACUGGUUAUUGGACUUUUGGAAUCUUCCUGUCAAGUGGAUAUUUGUAGCCAUUCCCUUUGGCUUUCUGGUGAUGCUGCUUUUCUACUACGAUCAUAAUGUCAGCAGUAUUACAGCUCAAGCUCGCCAAUUUCCCCUCAAAAAGCCCGGAGGUUUUCAUUGGGAUUUCUUCCUGCUGGGAUGCACAACUUUCAUUGCAGCAAUACUAGGCUUACCCUUGCCGAAUGGAUUAGUUCCACAGGCGCCGGUUCACACCGACUCGCUUACCGUCUACGAGACGAAACUGGAAAUCAUUCCAACAGCAGAAGGUGAAGGCACAGAGAUUCGCCGUCCCGUCGUUGAAGCGGUAGCUGUGGUUGAACAGCGUGUUUCGCAUUUCUUGAUGGGUCUUGCCUUGAUAGGCACCAUGACUGGACCAUUGCUCGCAAUGCUUCAUACAAUGCCGUCAGCACUGUUCGGAGGAGUCUUCUUUGUCGUUGGGUGGGGGUCAAUUGAGUCCAAUGCCAUCACUCAAAAACUCGUGUUCUUGAUGUCCGAGGACCGAUUUAUUCAACGUGACGAGCCGCUUCUCAGUAUUCCUCGCCGCAAGAUCUGGCUGUUCAUCGGACUCCAAGUUCUGGGCGUCGCAGCUACAGUCGCUGUAUCACAAACGAUUGCUGCCAUUGGGUUCCCCGUGCUCAUCAUCUUGCUCAUUCCUCUCCGUACCCAUCUCAUACCCAAAUGGUUCACCCUUCGGGAGCUGGAGGUGAUGGAUGAUUUUACUUGUACCAAUGAACAAGUGCUGGCCAGCCUAGGUGGAGCGCCAAAACUCCCUGAACAUACCAGGGCGCAAGACUGGGGUCUGGAGCGCCGUAGGAGCGAACAAAGGUUCGGCUUACAGCGUCAGAGAGCCGGGAAUCUCAGACGCUGA